AAUUCCAUUUUCAUUUUCAUUUUCAUUCAAAGUGAGUAGAUUCUUUAGAAAACCGGCCGGUACCUGCCUUUCAUCAGCGAGUACAAGACGCCCUGUACUCCCAUCAUAUUUGUUUCUAACGAGCCACCCAUCCCCCUUUUCCAUUCAUCCCAUAUCGUGCGCCGAAACUUCGAGUUCAAAGCGCAAGUCAACAUGGCGAAUCCUCCAGAAAAAGAAGGGCCUCGCAUUCAAUGGACCGCAGAUGAUGUGGAAUCGGCCUCGAGGCCUCGCGCGCUCUAUCGCUCAAACUCGCAAUUCUCGAUUCACAGCAGCCACAGCCGCCGGGGAUCAAUUGAUCCUUCACACGCACUCCCUAUUCAAUACCGAGCUGUGUCUUUUCAAAUCGACGAGAGUAUUGAUCAAGAGCUCUUAAAGGCCAAGAAGCAUAAAAACUCUGCCACAAAAGAGCUUGAGAACCUCGACUGGCAUAUAGUCUCUCCCGAAGAAAUCUUCGAGCGUCUUUCGACCUCAAAGACUCGAGGUCUUUCCGCAGAACAGGCAAAGAAGAACAUAUCCAAGUACGGCAAAAAUGUUCCCUCUCACCCACCAACCCAUUACACAAAGCAAAUUUUUGGAUACUUUUUCAAGGGAUUUGGAAGCAUCCUCCUCGUUGGUGGUAUUCUCGUCUUCGUAUCUUGGAAGCCGCUCGGAGAACCGGCACCGGCUAUUGCUAACCUAGCACUCGCUAUUGUCCUUCUCGCUGUCUUCGUUAUCCAGGCUGUAUUUAACGCGUGGCAAGAUUGGUCUUCGUCGCGGGUCAUGGCAUCAAUCACUACUAUGCUUCCUGAUAACUGCAUCAUAUUGCGGGACGGCGUCCAAGCUACAGUACUCGCUAGCGAUAUAGUUCCUGGAGACAUUCUGUAUAUCAAGGCCGGCAACAAACUUCCCGCUGAUGUGCGACUCAUCGAAAUUUCUUCGGAUGCGAGAUUUGAUAGGUCUAUUCUGACUGGUGAAUCUGCACCUCUUCCCGGAACGGUUGACAGCACCGAUCCAAAUUUCCUCGAAACCCGAUGCAUUGGACUACAAGGCACUCAUUGCAUAGCAGGAAGUGGUCUCGGUGUAGUUGUUAGCACAGGCGACGAGACAGUCUUUGGUCGGAUUGCAAAGCUAACCAACGAACCUUCGACCGGUAUGACACCUUUAGAGAAGGAAGUCCUCAACUUUGUCUUUGUCAUUAUCUCCAUCAUGGUGACAAUGAUAGUUCUUUUCAUUAUUGUCUGGGCUGCAUAUCUUCGUAAAAACCACCCUGGUUGGAUCUCAGUGCCUGCGCUCAUCGUAAGCUGCGUCAGUGUCGCCAUUGCCUUCAUCCCCGAAGGGUUACCAAUCGCAGUCACUGCCAGUCUGACAAUCACUGCCAACAUCAUGCGAAAAAACAAGAUUUUAUGCAAGUCCCUCAAGACUGUGGAAACCCUUGGCUCAGUUUCUGUAAUAUGUUCAGAUAAGACUGGUACUUUGACAAAGAACAAAAUGUACGUCACCAAAGCUGCCAUUGGUGCCUUUGACAUGAGUGUCGAAGGUAGCCGUGAUGAAAUGAUCCGUCAGAAAAAUGCAGACGACGGCCAAAACUCCGUCUCUCAAUUGCGGACCGUUGCUGGGUUGUGCAAUUCCGGAAACUUCGAUGCAGCUACGUACCACUUGCCGCUCCACGACCGGAAAAUACAUGGGGAUGCCACCGAUCAGGCUAUACUUCGCUUCUCAGAGUCCCUUGGGCCGGUUACAGAGGUCCGAGAAUCAUGGGUUAAAACUUUCGAGCUCGCUUUCAAUAGCAAGAACAAGUAUAUGAUUAGGACAUUUACUCUAGCUGAUAAGGUCGGUCUGGAUCUAGCUCUAUCACUCACCGAGGCGAAUGAAUUCCGACAGAAUGCCACCCUCCUGACGAUUAAAGGAGCUCCAGAUGUCCUCAUCAGUAGAUGCUCUAUGUUCGUGGACCGUGAUGGUGUUAGCAAACCCCUCAAUGAAGCCACCCGCUUUAGCAUAUCUUGCAUGAAGGACCGCUGGUCUUCUCAGGGCAAACGCGUAAUCUUACUCGCUCGCAAAACUCUAGGUCAUGAGCAAAUUCAAUCAACUCCUGCUGAUGCUGAGUUCGAAGACGAGAUAAUGGAGCAUUCUAGGACUGGCUUGACCUUUGUUGGGAUUGUUGGCAUAGUCGAUCCUCCUCGCGACGAGAUACCCUCGGUAGUGAGCAUUCUCAGACGAGCUGGUAUUCGCAUAUUUAUGGUCACUGGAGACUUUGCGUUGACUGCACAGGCUAUUGCUGCCGAAUGCGGCGUCAUUACCAACCCGCCAGGUGCAGUAAAGACUGUCACCGCACUCACUCGCGAUGAAGUAUCCGCACCCUCAUCUAUCAACAAAUCAUCUGACCUGACUCCCCAACCUGUAACUUCAAUCGUCGUCAGCGGUCCAGAGCUGAUCACUCUCAACGAAUGCCAAUGGGACCAACUCUGUCGAUAUGACGAGAUCGUGUUCGCCCGCACAACUCCCGAGCAGAAACUCCGCAUUGUGCGGGAAUUCCAAAGCCGUGACGAAAUCGUUGGGAUGACUGGUGACGGAGUCAACGACGCCCCUUCCCUCAAAGCAGCCGACAUCGGAAUCGCACUCGGCAGCGGAUCAGACAUAGCAAUCGAGGCUGCGGACAUGGUAUUGCUAGAAUCCUUUUCGGCUAUCGUUCAUGCAGUACAGUACGGCCGCGUCGUUUUUGAUAACCUCAAGAAGACCAUCGCCUACCUACUCCCCGCGGGAUCCUUUUCCGAGUUCUGGCCCGUAUUCGGCAAUGUCAUCUUCGGUCUCCCGCAAAUCUUGUCUUCGUUCUUGAUGAUUAUCAUCUGCUGCUUCACAGACUGCGCUGCAGCGAUUGUUCUUGCGUACGAGGCACCAGAGGCCGACGUCCUCCUCCGCCGCCCGCGCAAGCCCAAGUUGGACCGUCUCGUCAACUGGCAGCUCAUGGUGCAAACCUAUGCAUUCAUCGGAGUCCUCGAAUCGAUCGCCUCCUUUGCCAUGGCUUUCUGGUAUCUCGAGCGCCAAGGGAUCCCCUUCUCUGUUUUCUGGUUCCAGUAUGGCGCACUCCCUGACAACCUCGAUGCUGAUUUCGUCGCCUCGAAACUCGCCGUCGCAUCUUCGAUCUACUUCGUCAAUCUCGUUGUAAUGCAGUGGUUUAACCUCCUCGGAGUACGCACACGCAGGCUCAGCAUCUUUCAGCAUCCGCCUCUAUUCAACAAGGAAACCAAGAAUUGGCUCCUGUUCCCAGCGAUGGGCUUUGCACUUGUGAUGGUUUUUUUCUGGUUAUAUGUCCCCGAGUUUCAGCGCGUGCUGGGUACUGCGGAAGUGCCAGUGGAGUAUUUCUUCCUUCCCGGUGCGUUUGGAUUGGCCAUUUUGUUGUUGGAAGAAGGAAGGAAAUACUACAUCAGGGCGUGGCCAAACAGUCUUUUAGGGCGAUGUGCUUGGUAAGUUGGUCGUUGGACUUCGACAAACCGCGCAUGCUGAGCUGAUUGAAACGAUUGGGAUUAUUCUUGACUACUCAUGGCGCCUAAAUGUCGGCGGAGGUCUAACAGACCUAGUCUGUGCAUUUUAAGUAGUAUGACAGAUGCUAUUCUAGCAAAUACAGCUAUUACAGCUAUUAGAGUUCUUUUCUUUUGUUAAAUUUAUUAGUAGCUAGCUCUUACAAAUGCUUGUAAUAUAAAUCUUAUAGUUUGUGG